ACUUGAUCAUCCAAGACCCGCCACUUCACUGGGAGUCAGGUCGCUUCGCAUCAAGUGGCAUCGCAUCGAUCUACUACAUCCAUCCUCAUUACCUGCCAACCCUCCAUUACCUUCCUGCAGAUCACUAGGCCGCCGACUCAAUCUCUCGCUUCCUGCAGUCGCAAACGGCACAAUGCCCUCGAUCAACAGGAAGCGGGAGUGGGAGGGCGGACAAGGUGGUGCCCGUCCAAACAAGAGGAGCAGUAAUGGCACCUCCGCAUCCGCCGCCGCUGCCGCCGCCGCCGACAACUCCGACCCUGACAUACUGAUCGGCCCCUAUGAUGGUCAUAGGAGGUACGAUGAAUGGAAGGGGAUGAUGUACGGCGGCUUCAAGAUUAUAUCGGGAGGUGGCGCACUGUACCCGACCAACUACCAAAUCGAUUUCCGCCAUUCAGAUCCGUGGACAUGCCCCCUGGAAAGCUGUAGGAAACGUUUUGAGCAACCUACCCAGCUUGGGGCUCACUUCUCGAGGGCCCAUCGUAAACUGCUCCUAUACGAUGAAGUUCGCCGCGGUUUCUUCUGGGCGAUUGGCGAGCGAAAGACUCCGGAUAAAGACGGCAGGUUCCGCUCUAUUGUGGUCAAGAGGGGCUACUUUGAGCCGGACAACAAGCGUAAACCUGAUGAUGUUCGACAGCCACCGAAGGACUGGGAAUCGGAGGUCAACCCGACGGCUGUCAAGGAUGUCAAGCUGCCCAACCUACCGCAGCCUGCAGCAGCUCCUGCCGCAGUUCCUGCUGCCCCUUCCCCGACGACAUCUGCGGCAGCUUCUGCGUCCAGACCCUUCGCCACCCCGACAGCAGCUCGUCCUCUUCCGGCGCCCGCCGCUUCACCUGCUCCACCGCCGGCCAUUCGACACACAGCUCCUGGUGCCGGUCUUGUGGGUCGUCCCACCGGCAACUCCAUCCAUGAGGUUAUCGAUAUCAGUAGCGACGAGGAGGAUGUGAAGCCUAGCUUGGCUGAAUUGCAAAGGGAGAGCAACUCUGCGACUUCAGGUUCCAAGAGAGUCGAGGCACAGAGGGAGGCGCAAAGCUCAGGUGGCAAUGAGGUAGAGACCCAAGAGGACCCCUUCCAAGAUGAUCCCUUUCUGUUCAAUGACCCUGUCGAGCCGGUACAUGAUCGCAAUCGGAGCAUACAGGAGCCGGUUAACCGCCAAGACCCUGGAGCCAUGGCUAGUAUCUCGGAACAGCCACCGCAACCUCAGAGCUUGGAUAUCUGGAUCUACAUCACCCAGUUUGCAAAGACCGCUACACCUUAUCCUGACGAUGCAGCCAUCGCCGAGUUACUCACCCUGCGUAGGCGCCGGGAUCUUCCUUUCAUUUGGCGACGCCGACUCGGUACCUUCAAUACCCUCAACUCCUCGCUUACUACCCCUUGUAAGCGUAUGAGAUGUCACAAGUAUCUGAUGCAUGGUGCCGUCAGCUGCGCCGACCCUGGCCACAAAGAUGGAGGGUGUCGAAAGUGCCGUUCUGCGUUCCCAGAAUGUGUUUACUUGCCUCCUCAUAUCCUCUCAUCUCAGGCCAUAUUAAAGCGGGUGGAUAUGUACUUCUGUUGCAAUGCGUACUAUUGGUGGGUAGGCUUUCAGCAGCCGGAAGGGGCAGUGCGACCUACUUACGUUGACGAAAUCGCCGCUAUUAAAGCAAAUGCAGUCGAGAACACCACACGAGAGACCGGCAGACACCGACCCAGCACACAACAACCCAGCGCACAGCACUCCAAGAACGUCCCUGCCAUGCCAACCCAAGAAGCCAAUUCAGAACUCCCAGAGAUCUGGAGGUACAUGCUGGAGUUCCUUCAACCUGGCACACAGAUUCCAGAUGAUGCAGCGAUUUUCGAGCUGCUAACUCUUCGGAAAUGCCGAGAUCUUCCAGAGGCAUGGAAAUUCAGGCUCGCGGGAUUCAAGAAGCACGAUCUGAAGACAUAUACCUCGGUAAUUUUGUACCUUGGAGGAACUGAGGCUGUCACGAGCCCAUGUAGCGUGAUGGGUUGUGCUCAUAACCAACAAGCAGCUGAGUACGCCGAGUCAUUGCAGAGAGAUGGCCCCGGACUUUGGGAUCGCGUGUUCGUAAAGUAUGCAUUCCCAAAAUGCGUUUUCUUGCCGCGGCACCUUCUCGACUCCGGGAAGGUUGUAAAGACGACACCGGGCUCUCAGAUGGCUCAGUCCUCGCCAGCACAGGUUCCUCAGGUUAUUACUCCUGUUGUUUCCUCGACGACGCACUCCCUUUCCAACCUCACCAGCCACAACAAACCAAGAACCGCCCCGCAAAAACGAACCAACAAAUCGCAGGGGUCCUCGGGAACAUUUUGCAUCCCGGAGGGCACCCCUGGCCAACUGUUCUCUCUCAAGGGCACGGAUACCAAACUCAUCCAGGCGUCCAGAAACCAACUUCUGAAAUGCAAGGUACUGGAAGGCGAUGGUGUCAAGGUGCAACUCAUUGGAGGCAAGGAGUUCAAGGCCUACAAGGGCUGGGACGAUGAGUGGGAAAUCCCUCCUGACUCUCAGUGCCUCGUCAAGAACAUCCAUCCGAAGAAUUCGUUUGGGGAGAAUCAAACAUGCAUCGAUGUCAAUCCUGAGAGGGGGAUGGUGAAGGCUGGUCAGACUCAGGGGACGAUGGUGAAGGGAAAGAUGGUUUAGGGGAAG